GAGUGGAUGUCUCUGUUAUAAAAACACAUGGAGAAUUAAGGACAAGGGAAGGCUGAACUAAAAACGUAUUUUUCCCCAACUUUAUUAUAAGCAAACGUAUAGCAGAAUAAUUUACAUUUCCCUGUUUUUGAAAGCACACGGAUGACGCGUUUUUCCGUUUUGGGAAGUAGGCUAAUGUGAGAUUGGUGCGUUUUUUCUUGAGUUUUUCUUUCGUCAGAGAGAAAUAACAGUAUUCCUGCCUUGCGGUUUGGAGUGUAAAUCCGCCAUAUUCGGCUUUACCACGUCCGGGAGUCGAGCAAUUGGAAAUAAAGCGAACACGUUUUCAUGUGUUUUCUCAUCGAAUGGAUUAUGGGACUAUUAGGAUACGAAGACAUGCUUUAAAAAAAUAUGUGAAGAGGAUGACUGGGCAAGAAUGAGAAUGCUAAUCACAUAGAACAUUACGUAUGAUUUUUUUUAAACGGUGCUGAUGAUCAUAUUUAAAAGGAAAAUCAGACUACCCAAUUAGAAUUUCUGACAUUUAGUUAACUCCCAGAGCCACUGUUUGCUGCCUGACAGUCCGUCAGAAAGCGAAGCGAAACGGGGGAGCAACAAUUUCUCAAAUAGCCUAUACAUUUUCUUCUCCUCCCAGGCUAUGCCACUUUAUAACGCGUCCAUGUUUUUUGCAUCUGUAAUGGCGUGAUUUGAUAUCCGUUAAUUGUUUUUUUUUUAUCGCAACUGGAAUCUGCGUAGUGCAUAAAGAAGGAGGAAAGGUGAUUUUAAAAAGAAUGACCCUCGACGCCAUCAUGGCGUGUUGCCUAAGCGAGGAGGCGAAAGAAUCCAGGCGGAUCAACGACGAGAUCGAAAGACAGCUCCGCCGGGAUAAGAGGGAUGCUCGCCGGGAAUUGAAGCUGUUGCUUCUCGGUACUGGAGAGAGUGGGAAGAGCACCUUCAUUAAACAGAUGAGAAUCAUCCAUGGCGCCGGCUACUCAGAGGAGGACAAGCGAGGCUUCACCAAGCUGGUGUACCAGAACAUCUUUACUGCCAUGCAGUCCAUGAUCCGUGCCACAGAGACCCUAAGGAUCCCUUACAAAUAUGAGCACAACAAGGGCAACGCUAACGUGGUCCGAGAGGUGGAUGUGGAGAAAGUCAGCACGUUGGCAAACCACUACAUAGACGCCAUCAAGUGUUUAUGGAACGAUCCAGGCAUCCAGGAAGCUUACGAUAGGAGACGGGAGUACCAGCUGUCAGACUCUACCAAAUAUUACAUGAAUGCGCUGGACCGGAUCGCAGAGGCCUCUUACCUUCCCACUCAGCAGGAUGUGCUGAGAGUUAGGGUCCCCACUACGGGCAUCAUUGAGUACCCCUUUGACCUCCAGAGUGUCAUCUUCAGGAUGGUGGACGUGGGGGGUCAGAGGUCAGAGAGGAGGAAGUGGAUACACUGCUUUGAGAAUGUCACAUCCAUCAUGUUUCUGGUGGCACUAAGCGAGUAUGACCAGGUGCUCGUAGAAUCUGAUAACGAGAACCGAAUGGAGGAGAGUAAAGCCUUGUUCAGGACCAUCAUCACAUAUCCCUGGUUCCAGAACUCUUCAGUCAUCCUCUUCCUCAACAAGAAGGACCUCUUGGAGGAGAAGAUCAUGUAUUCCCACCUGGUCGACUACUUCCCAGAGUUUGACGGUCCCCAAAGAGAUGCCCAGGCUGGCCGCGAGUUCAUCCUGAAGAUGUUUGUGGACCUGAACCCGGACAGCGACAAGAUCAUCUACUCCCACUUUACCUGCGCCACAGACACAGAGAACAUCCGCUUUGUGUUCGCUGCUGUCAAAGACACCAUCCUGCAGCUCAACCUGAAGGAGUACAACCUGGUGUGAAACCAUAGAGUUUGAAUAUUAGAAGGGACUUCAGCAUGAGCACAGCAAGGCUGGGGCCCAGAGACCUUUCUCCAACUUAUUCUAUGUCAAAUCUGUGAAGAGAAAAAUAAUGGUGCAUAAUAUUAAUUUAUUGCCAUUGUUGACCCUUUUUUUCUAUUUAAAAGAACAUGAUUGAAGGAUUUAGGGGGUUUGAAGGUCACUGUUGGAUGUGUAAAGCACAGUUCCUCCAAUUAUUCUAAUUGUUUUUAGCUUUAUUUUUUAAGACACUCAAUGUGACUGCUGGGUUCUGUCCGAUGCUGUCCUCUGAACUUGAUUCCAAGGUGCUCCCGCCAUUUAGUUUGAUUCGAUCUAGUCGGUCCAUUCCAGCGCCAGUCUGUGGCGCCACUCUCCUGCUUGUCAACUAAGACCUCUGGAAUUCGAAUUCAUGAAUGAACACAUUUUUCUUCCCCUGACAGGGUGAAAAGUGUUGACACUGAUUUCUUAAAAUUAUUGUUUUGAUUAUUGCAUCCACUUUAGUACCGUUUGACUUGUACAAUCAGCCACACAGUAGGGCGGGAGGUCAGUCAUUUAACUGGGCUGUAUAGUGAGGGGGCAUCAUGAUGCUCAUCACCCAUCGCAGUCCCUAGGGUCAGGAGUCAGUUAUUUUGGAAUCAAGUUGUGCUGUACCAGGCUUUUGAAGGUCCUAUUUAUUGCCGAUGCCAAAAGGAUGUAGCGUUAACUCGAGGCUCCCUUUCACGCUGUUAACUAGAAAGAGUGUUGGAGGAAAGACAGGACACAGCCUUUUGAAGGAUCCAAGAGUUUACCGUGCGCACGUGUGACCUUUUUAAAGUGUUUCACCCUGUUUUUGGUUAGACUUUUCUCCCCCAUCUUGUAUUAAUUUUUGAAUGCCAAAAACCACUUGUUUGAGUCAGUAAGCCAAGCCUGACACAACUCAUUCACUGGAGUCCAUAGGGUCGUUGUUGUUAAUGCCAAUCGUAGUGGCCAUUGUGAGGAUAUGAUAA